CUUCCUAACAUAUAUAGCUGUCUACUGCCAAAAUGGAUGUCCAAUACCCAUUUUCCUUGUGAGCUUGAAGAACACACCCUCUUUUGCUAUAUUCCCUCUCUCUCUACUUCAUGUUUAACAGCUUGUCAAGGGCCUGUGCUUGCCCCACUUCCACAAUAUUCAACUGAGUUGAGUUUCUGAUGAUAGCAUAGCACCUUAACACCUCUCUUUUCCUUGGAUCUUUCUUCCUACCUUCAUGCAUGGCUUCCUAAAAGGAACAAAGUUUGUCAUUUCAUUUCACUCUGCUUCUUGAUUUAUUUAACUUGAGUUGUUAAAAUGGGAAAAAGAGUUCUUUUCUGCAAAUAGAGUUUGGAAGAAAAAGAUAACAUUUUCUACAAUGCCAGUUCCACUUGCCCCCUACCCAACAACACCCCCAGCUCUAUACACACAUGCGCCAAAUGGUGCACAGAGUCAACUUGUCUGUUCCGGGUGUAGAAACCUUCUGCUAUAUCCAGUUGGAGCCACCACUGUGUGCUGUGCUGUUUGCAAUGCAGUCACAGCAGUUCCACCUCCUGGCACAGAAAUGGCCCAGUUAGUUUGUGGAGGCUGUCACACUUUGAUCAUGUACAUCCGCGGCGCCACAAGUGUUCAAUGCUCUUGUUGUCACACGGUGAACCUAGCUUUGGAAGCAAAUCAGGUGGCACAUGUCCACUGUGGGAACUGUAAGAUGCUACUCAUGUACCAAUAUGGAGCAGGAUCUGUCAAAUGUGCAGUUUGCAGUUUUGUAACAUUAGUUGAGGCCUCAACAAGCAUCAAUGAGCAGAAAAUCAGCACCUAAAUCUUUGUGUAGAAGUUGUUACAGACUCCACUCCCUUGGUUUUGAUAGUUACUAACUUACUAUCAGUAACCUUGAGGAAUAACAGGUGCAUGAAAUUGCAGAGGAAAUUCUCUUCACAUGUAUAGAGCUACUAUUGUCCCCUUGAAUACAAUGAUUAAAUAAUUUUGGCAUUGGUUGUAUCAUGUAGCACACAGUUUGGACUUUGGAGUGCUAGUUGACAUGUGUCUACUUCUAGUUGUAAACCUAUUCGGGAAGGGGUCUUGUCCCAUCAGUGUCUAUUUAGCAUUUGGAAUAGCUGUUUAUGAUAAGAUUAUUGAUUCUUAGUGCUUUUGAAAAUUCGCACAUUUAUUAUUUAGAUAAGGUAAGGUACAUUUGCCUUACUAAUUUUGUCUAUGAAGAUUGAAAGAGAACCAA